GUUUCUUUCAUUUUUCUCUUUUCCUGCUUUAAUGUUUUUUUCAUUCUUUUGUACCUAUCGGGCUGAGAUAUGUGUGGUUAGUGAAUGUCAAAUUGAUGAAGGAAAACUUGUAAUUAUUAGUUGAAUGCUGUUAUGAUCAAGUGCUCGAAGCUUAUGAGCUAGGUCUGAUUAAGCUUACUUUAGAUGUACGAUUUAUUCUUGUGUAUUGAGAUGGCAUGUAUGUUGGGUUAGAUUGCUGUCUCAAGGAGCUUUCUAUGAUCUAUCUUUUGGGCACGGAAGUUCCAUCUGAAUGUCAUUUCUGUUAGAGCCUCACAGUUCAGAAGCAAUAUGAAAUUCUGUCUCCCUUCUUCCUGCUGAGCUGAAGAAACUGGAUUCUCUGCUGAAUCUAGUCUGUUUGUCAUUGGUGUCAAAGUUUAUGUUCUUAACUUUAUUAGAUUGAGCCUUUCCUUUGUAUGUCCUUUUUUGGCUUGGAGCUCUAUGCAUUAAAUAGAAUGCUUUCCAAACUGACUUGUAGGGUGAAAUGGAGACGACAUAUAUGAGAUGUCUGAACAACAGUAUAUCUCGAUUCAUUCAUUUGAUGUCAUGUCAGACAUCAAAGGCUAUGCCUACUCAAAACGAUUUUGAGAGUUUGGCUAUUAUGCUGAAACAUUUGAAACCUGUCCUUGAUGAAAUUAAUGAUGAUGACAAGAUAGCUUCAGAAGGAAAUUUAUGGAAGGAGUGUGAAGAUUUGGAUGCUUACAUCAAUUCUGCCAGAGAAUUUAUGGAACGAUGGUCGCCGAAAAUGAGUAAACUUUUAACUGUUUCACAAAGUGAGCAAUUGAUGAAAAGAAUCAGGAGUUCUUCCCUUGAGAUAUGUGGUAUAUUGUGUAGGUUAUUACGGACAUCAUCGUCUUCAUCUAGUUUCGCUGGUGUGCAAGUAUGUACCGAGAUAAUGCAUUGUGUCCAGGAACUUCAAAGCUGGCAGCCUGAGCGGAUCUCAGUACACAUUGAACAAGCUCUAAAAAGUAAAAACGAUAGCCUGAUUUCUUGUAGUGAACACUUGGCAGAAAUCGUGGAGUCUCUGAGCCUAGCAUCAAAUCAGGAAUUACUUAAAGAGAGUAUUGCUGUUGAAAAGGAAAGGGUGAAAGUUUAUGCGAACAAGUGCACAGAAAAAGUGGAUCAGACCAACCAAAUUGUGGAUCUCCUGGCUCUUAUUCGUGACUAUAUGCUAACAAACGGAUGCUCUGGAACAAUAAAUGGAGUUCCUAUCCCUUCAUACUUCCGCUGCCCGUUGUCAUUAGAUUUUAUGUUAGAUCCAGUCAUUGUAGCUUCUGGACAAACAUUUGAGAGGUCGUCCAUCCAAAGAUGGCUUGAUCAUGGGCUAAAUACUUGCCCCAAAACCCGCCAAUAUCUUUCACACACGAAUAUCAUACCAAAUUACACUGUCAAGGCACUGGUAGCAAAUUGGUUUCAGGAAAAUAAUCUGAAGCCUCCAAAUAGCUCUGACAGCACUGAUGCCGAUGACAGCUCCAGUGCUCAAGAUGUAAUCCGUACUGAUAGUUUCCGUUGCUCAGUUCAUAGCAGUGACUCUAUGUCUAGGUCCUCCUUAGAGAUUGGAGAUGCAGUUGGAAGGCUAAAUAUCGAUGAUCCUUCUGUAUCUGAUGAGGUGAGCUCCAGCAUGUGCCAAGGUUUGGAAGCGAAGAAGUCCAACAACCGUUCCCCUGAACACUCAUAUGCUCAUAGUAGGACCCACUCUGCAACAAGUGCUUUUUCCAGCUGUGACUAUAUGCCUUCAUCAACAACUGAAAUAUCAAGGAUAUCUGACAGACAUGAAAAUGUAGGCGAGUUCACGUCAGAGCGUUCUACAUGUAAUUCUUUAUCAGGGAGAGGAUCUCAAAGUGCAAAAACAAGUUCUGAGAAUGGGAGCAAUAACUAUUCCAGAGUUAACUCACUUUCAUUCUCUGACUCAGGACAUGAUGAAACAACUACACCAUCCCAUGUUGAUGAAUUGGUAGAGAAACUAAAAAGUCCAUCCCAUGCGCUGCAAACUGCAGCUGCAGCCGAGCUGCGACUUCUUGCUAAGCACAACAUGGAUAAUCGCAUCAUUGCUGGGAAGUGUGGGGUCAUUGGCCCUUUAAUCUCACUUUUACACUCUGAUGUAAAGAUAACCCAAGAGCAUGCUGUGACUGCCCUUCUAAACCUUUCACUUAAUGAAGAAAUCAAAGCAAGGAUCGCAGAAGCAGGAGUAAUUGAACCAUUGAUACAUGUUCUUAAGACAGGAACUGAUACAGCUAAAGAAAACUCAGCUGCAGCUCUUUUCAGUCUCUCUCUUCUUGAAGAUUAUAAGUCAAAGAUUGGGCGCUCAGGGGCAAGCAAAGUGCUGGUCGAUCUUCUUGCUAGGGGGACCGUCAGAGGGAAAAAGGAUGCUGCAACUGCCUUGUUUAAUCUAUCCAUCUGUCAUGAAAAUAAAGCUCGAAUAGUUCAAGCUGGAGCAGUGAAGCAUCUUAUUGAGCUUUUAGACCCUCCCACAGGAAUGGUUGACAAAUCUGUAGCCCUUCUCGCAAAUCUAUCCACAAUCUCUGAAGGGUGUAUGGCAAUUGCUAAAGAAGGUGGUAUACCGUUGAUUGUCGAGAUUGUCGAGUCAGGGUCACAAAGAGGAAAGGAAAAUGCUGCUUCCGUGCUGUUGCAAUUGUGUCUUAAUAGUCCCAAGUUUUGCAACUUGGUACUCCAAGAAGGUGCUGUUCCUCCACUUGUUGCUCUAUCUCAGUCGGGAACCCCUAGAGCUAAGGAGAAAGCUCAGCAGCUUCUAAGUCAUUUUCGUACUCAACGUGAAGGGGCUGCAGGCAAGAAGAAAAAGUGAGACAACAUAUGCUACUGCUAUAUUCUUUGUUUUGUAUUUUCAGAGCUAGGCCAUUUGCGUUAGAAAAUCUAUGUCCGUCAUGUAGAUCAGGUAUUCUUUUAAUCGUAAAUCUUUUCAAUCAAGUAUGCCGUCAUUAAUUUUUUGUUUGUCUAGUACAUAUUAGUUCCUAGUCAGGUAGGGGUUUGUCAGUAAUUAUUUCACCAAAGUUUCAUUAGCCGUCGUGAUGAGCUUGAUCUUGAUUAAGGAUUACUGUGUAUAUGUGUAAUAUAGAAUCUUGAUGUUCACUACGCAUUGUUCUGUUUGCUUUACAUAUAUUAUGUAAAGAUUACAAGCUUAAGCAUUCAACGGCUUUUUAGGCA